GAGAUUAUCGAGAGCGAAAUGGUAACCAGAAGCAGGCAAGCGCCGAUCACGGAGAGCAAUAAAAGAAAACAAAGCCAAGAGAGCGAGAAAGAGCAAGAGUAGCAGAUUAGAAACAGCUCCAAUCGUAUCUAUUGCUCCCCACGGCCAUCUCCGUACUUGCCCUGCAGUCCGGCCUAUUUUGGCAGAAGGCAUGGCGCUGGCCUGGAAGGAAUCACCCUCGAACGAUACCUUCAUCACAUCCCGCGAGGAACUCGCUUUUCUUGUGCAUUCCCUCACAGUUCCUUCAUGCCCUUUCCCUCCUCCCUUCCCACCAUACGGACCGAUCCGUUCUUAUUCAAUUCCAUUUUCACUCUGUCAACAAUUAUUGGCCUCCUUCACUCCAUUUGUAUCUCUUUCUUUCUCUGGAUUUGAGUGUGUUGCAGAUUUGCCUUGCAUCGCAACACCAAGGAUUUUUAUUACGAGAAGCUUCUUAAAAUCAACCUUCCGAAGCAAUGGAUGCCGUCUUACGCGCUCGAAUGGCUUUUUGUGGUGGAUCAAUUUGCUCUUAUUAUGGUGGAGAUACUUGUGGCCUUGGCGGAUUCCUUUGUCAACAAGAAUGAUAAGCCUUCACUCAAUCUUUGGUUUAUCUAGUUCUUUGCAUAUUUCUUCUAUGGUCUUCAACUUCUGCAUGGGAGUGGCUUAUUUAAGCCUUGGGGUUUGGAUGCUUGAAGAAAAAUUAAAGAAUGGAACUGGGUUUUUCCCUCUGCAUUGGUGGCUUGUAGUGUUAUCUCAGGGUUUUAUCUGGUUGCUUAUGAGCUUAGUGGCAAGUAUAAGGAGCAAGCAGCUAGGAGAGGUUUUUAUCAGAAUAUGGAUUGGGUUUGCUGGUGUAUUUGCUGGAUUUCUCUGCACAUCCUCUAUAUUAGGCAUCCUUGUUGAGAAAAAGACAUCUAUCAGGAUUGUUUUAGAUGUGCUUUCACUACCAGGGGCUAUUUUACUUCUGCUUUGUGCAUUAAAAGGGACCAAAGAUGCAGAAGAUUGCCGGGGCAUCAAUAGUUCUCUGUAUACACUUUUAACUGGUGAAUUUGUUGCUGAUUCAUUUGAUUCUAACGAUCAUGUGACCCCUUUUGCAAAUGCUGGAUUCCUUAGCAAAAUGACAUUUUGGUGGUUAAAUCCAUUGAUGAAGAAAGGUUAUGUCAAGCCCUUGGAAGAGAAAGAUGUUCCUCAGAUGGGACAGGUUGAUCGAGCAGAGAGCCGUUAUUCUUUGUUUCUUGAACAACUGAACAGACAAAAGGUGGAUAAUCAAAUUGAUUCACCGUCUUUUUUAUGGGCAAUAGUCUAUUGCCAUCAAGCUGAUAUUUUAGUCUCUGGGUUUUUUGCAAUGCUUAGGGUGCUAACUUUGUCAGCUGGUCCUAUGCUUCUCAAUGCUUUCAUCAAAGUGUCAGUGGGCAAGGGAACUUUUAAGAAUGAAGGUUAUGUUCUGGCCUUGGGGAUGUUCUUGGUGAAAUGUUUGGAAUCUUUAUCCCAGAGGCAGUGGUAUUUCCGCACUCGACUGUUGGGGCUGAGAGUGAGGUCUUUGUUGUCAGCAGCUGUUUAUCAGAAGCAAUUGAGGCUUUCAAAUUCAGCCAAACUGAUCCAUUCAUCUGGGGAGAUCAUGAACUACGUGACUGUGGAUGCUUAUAGGAUAGGAGAAUUCCCAGUCUGGUUUCAUCAGAUGUGGACAACAAGUCUACAACUUGGCAUUGCUCUGGUGAUUCUUUACCAUGCUGUGGGUCUGGCCACAAUCUCAGCUAUGGUUGUCAUUGUACUGACUGUGCUUUGCAAUGUUCCUGUGGCCAAGCUACAGCACAAGUUUCAGACAAGGCUUAUGGAAGCUCAGGAUGUGAGGCUUAAGGCUAUGUCAGAGGCUCUCAUUAAUAUGAAAGUGCUGAAACUUUAUGCUUGGGAAAUACACUUCAGGAAGGUGAUAGAAAAGAUGCGGAUGGUGGAAUGUAAGUGGCUGUCAGCUUUUCAGCUGCAGAGAGCAUACAAUAGUUUCCUCUUUUGGUCCUCUCCAGUAUUUGUCUCUGCUGCUACUUUCUUGACAUGCUACCUUGUUGAUAUCCCUCUUUAUCCUAGCAAUGUCUUCACUUUUGUGGCAACAUUAAGACUUGUUCAAGACCCUGUCAGAUCAAUACCUGAUGUUAUUGGUGCUGUAAUUCAGGCAAAAGUUGCAUUUGCACGAAUUGCCAAAUUUCUUGAUGCAGCUGAGUUGCAAAAUGGGCAUUCUAGGAGGAGGUUAGACUUAAAGCACCCAAUUAUUAUAAAGUCAGCUAAUUUCUCCUGGGAGGGAAAUCCAUCAAAGCCCACUUUGAGGAACAUAAACCUACAUGUUAAACAUGCGGAGAAGUUAGCAAUUUGUGGUGAGGUUGGGUCAGGAAAAUCAACUCUUUUGGCUGCAAUUCUGGGGGAGAUUCCAUAUACAGAAGGCAUGCUUCAAGUUUGUGGAAAAGUGGCAUAUGUUUCUCAAACAGCUUGGAUUCAGACAGGAACUGUUCAAGAGAACAUUCUUUUUGGAUCCACCAUGGAUAGACAAAGAUAUCAGGAAACACUAGAAAAGUGUUCGUUGGUUAAAGAUCUUGAGAUGUUACCCUUUGGCGAUCUUACUGAAAUUGGAGAAAGAGGGGUGAAUCUCAGUGGUGGCCAAAAGCAGCGCAUUCAAUUAGCUCGUGCUCUCUAUAAAGAUGCAGAUAUAUAUCUGCUGGAUGAUCCUUUCAGUGCUGUUGAUGCCCAUACAGCCACUAGCCUGUACAAUGAAUAUGUCAUGGGGGCUUUGUCAACAAAGACGGUCCUGUUGGUAACCCACCAAGUGGAUUUCCUUCCUGCCUUCAAUUCUAUUUUGUUAUUGUCAGGUGGGGAAGUUCUGCGUGCUGCUCCUUAUCGUGAACUCUUAACUACAAGCAAAGAAUUUCAGGACCUUGUCAAUGCGCAUAAAGACACUGCUGGUUCUGGAAGACAUGAAGAUGCUGUCUCCCAUAAAAGAAAUGAGGCAUCCCGCAGAGAGAUUAAAAAUGCCUACAAGAACCGACAGCAAAACAAGGUGAAAUUAGCAGGUGUGGACCAACUAAUAAAGAAAGAGGAGAGAGAGAAGGGAGAUACAGGUUUAAGACCGUAUUUGCAAUACCUCAAUCAGAAUAAGGGCUUCUUGUAUUCCUCACUGGCUGCUCUUUCUCAUGUAAUAUUCAUAGCUGGGCAGAUUUCACAGAACUCUUGGAUGGCCACCAAUGUUCAAAAUCCUGACAUCAGCACAUUGCAUUUAAUCUCAGUGUACCUAGCAAUUGGUUGUAGCACUGCCAUCUUCUUGCUGUCUAGGUCUGUAUUUGUGGUUGUGUUGGGACUCCAAUCAUCAAAAUCUUUGUACACUCAGCUUCUUAACUCAUUGUUCCGUGCACCAAUGUCAUUCUUUGACUCUACUCCUUUGGGUAGGAUACUGAGUAGGGUUUCUUCUGAUCUGAGUAUAGUUGACCUUGAUGUUCCAUUCAGUUUGAUCUUUAGCAUCAGUGCUGCCAUGAAUGUAUACAGCAAUCUUGUGGUCUUGGCUGUUGUUACCUGGCAAGUCUUAUUUGUUUCUAUUCCAAUGGUCUAUCUGACCAUCCGGCUACAGGGGUAUUACUUAGCUUCUUCAAAAGAGUUGAUGCGGAUCAAUGGCACGACAAAAUCUCUUGUGGCUAACCAUCUAGCUGAAACUGUAUCAGGCGCAAUAACAAUAAGAGCUUUCGAAGUGGAAGAUAGGUUCUUUGCCAAAAAUCUGGAGCUCAUUGACAAGAAUGCUAGCCCAUUCUUCCACAAUUUUGCAGCAAGUGAAUGGUUGAUACAACGAUUAGAGACCAUGGGUGCUGCUGUUCUUUCUACAUCAGCCCUUGUUAUGGCUUUGCUUCCUCCAGGAACAUUAAAUUCUGGAUUUGUGGGAAUGGCAUUGUCAUAUGGCUUUUCACUAAAUAUGUCUCUCGUCUUCUCAAGUCAAAAUCAAUGCACACUGGCAAAUUACAUCAUCUCUGUAGAAAGGCUAAAUCAAUACAUGCACAUAUCGAGUGAGUCCCCAGAAGUGAUUGAAGCCAAUCGACCUCCACCUACUUGGCCUGCUAUUGGUAAAGUAGAACUCCUGGAUUUGAAGAUACAAUAUAGACCGGAUACUCCCCUUGUUCUUCAGGGAAUUAACUGCACAUUUGAAGGGGGGCACAAGAUUGGAAUAGUUGGACGGACUGGAAGUGGGAAAACAACGCUAAUAAGUGCGUUGUUUCGCCUUGUUGAACCAGUUGGAGGAAGAAUUAUUAUAGAUGAUAUUGACAUUGCAAUAAUUGGACUCCAUGAUCUUAGGUCACGUUUCGGAAUCAUUCCUCAAGAUCCAACACUAUUUAAUGGAUCAAUCAGAUUCAAUUUGGACCCUUUAGGACAGCAUACAGAUCGGCAGAUAUGGGAGGUUUUGGAGAAAUGCCAGCUAAAGGAAGCUGUACAAGACAAGGAAGAGGGUUUGGACUCACUGGUCGUAGAAGAUGGUUCAAACUGGAGCAUGGGGCAACGGCAGUUGUUUUGUUUGGGGCGAGCCCUACUAAGAAAAAGUCGGAUAUUAGUUCUUGAUGAAGCUACUGCAUCCAUUGAUAAUGCGACAGAUGCUAUCCUUCAAAAGACUAUUCGAACAGAAUUUGCAGAUUGCACAGUUAUUACAGUUGCACAUAGGAUUCCAACAGUGAUGGACUGCACAAGGGUGCUUGCUAUUGCUGAUGGGAAAACAAUAGAGUAUGAUGAGCCGAUGAAAUUAAUGAAAACAGAUGGGUCUCUAUUUGCGGAGCUUGUCAAAGAGUACUGGUCACAUACAGCAAAUGAUGACUUCCUAUCCUACUGAUUUACAAUGAAGUUUGUGAAUACAUUCGGCUUUAAACAAUCUAUUGAUGGGAUUUUGAAGAGGAAGCAAAGCAGCCCCAUCUUCCAUGUUAUAAAUAGAAUAAAGCUGCAUCAGCCUUGAGAAUUUUGUCUACCAAACCUGUGAUUUGGAAGUGUAAGAGCCACUACAUAGGUUUUCUUUGCUUUUCUUUUGGUAAUGUGUUCAUAAGGUUUGAUUUUUUGGAUUGCAUAUUCAGUAACCUAUAUCUAUGGUAUCUACAGUACUUUUUUCUGUUUGUACA